CUCAGAGCUGAAGGGUGAACUCCACCUCCAGGCAGAAUGAGACUCAGCACAGCAGCCCUGCUUCUCCUACUGGCCAGCUGCCUGUCUCCAGGACACGGUAUCCUGGAGGCCAAUUACACAAACUUAAAGUGCAGGUGUUUCAGCAUGACUUCAACCUUUAUCUAUCCAGGCAUCAUAGAGCGGAUUCAAAUUACACCUCCUGGGAAUGGCUGCCCAAAUUAUGAAGCCGUGAUCUGGACCAAGAGUAAGAAAGUUCUGUGUGUGAAUCCUUAUGCCAGAUGGUUUCAGAAAGUAUUGAGACUUUUUCGGGGCAGAGGCACGUCUUCAACUCCCGUCGCUCCAGUGAAUAAGAGAAGGGCUGCCUGAAGCCAUUACCCUCAGAGGAUGCCUGUAUCCCCCCUUUUAUCCCUGCUCUGAAUUUUAGUUAUGUUCUUAGUUGAAGAAUUUCCAAGAAAAUAAUUUCCCUCUGCAAACAAAGAUGCCUGUAGGUAAACCCCCCCACCACCACAGGAGCUGAAAGGGGAACACUCACAUUUCUCUCAACCUGCAUUCUUGUUCCUUAAUGAAGGACAUUUGAAGAUGGGCAUUUAGUGACAACCCGCUUGAGCUGCAUUUGGUGAUAGGCCUGUCGUUUAAUGUUAAACUGUCCUGAAUUGUAGAGAAAUGAAAACGUACGUGUCGAAUCUGAACCUGUGGCUUGUACUAACAAAAGACUGAUGGGGUGUACUUCAAUUAUUUUACACCCUUGAGAUGAAGAGGUUUCCAGAAUAUUCUCCAGAAGUUUCCUGGGAAGCUGACACAGUACCAGCCUAACGUAAUGCAUUCAGGUUGUGAAAAGCUCAGGAGGGAAAUAGUCCUUCUACUCUGAAAGGUUUCUUGUAUAAGAUUUAUUGUCUUGGAUUAAAACCAGCAACAGUGAAAGAUCCUCGGCUUAAAAUUCCAGGCUCUACAGCAGUAUACAAAUGUAUUCCUUUGCACCAUGACCCUGGUAAUCUUUUUCAUUAUUAUUUUUUUGUUCACAUCUUUCACACAGACAAAAAUACCAGUCUCCUGUAUCAAAUUCUUUAAUGUUUCCUAUUCAUCUAAUGUCAUUCAAUAAACUUAAUCAGCAUUUCA